AUAAUAUUAAGUGUUAAUCUUUGAAUUUAUUACUUGUUUGCUGCACACCAUUAGGCUUUGCACCAGAUAAAGGCAAAAUAGUUCUGGCUGUUAGCUAUCCUGACACUAUUUUGUCCAAAUUGGUCCAGCCUCUUCAACAUGAAGAAAUGUUAAACACAGUGAAAAACUUUUCAGUAAACAAUAUCAUAGUGUAAUUUGAAGGAUCUAUUGACUUUUUUUCGUAUAUUUUAAACUUUUUCAAUCUAAAACUCUUUGUUUCCAGUGUCUACCUUGACAACCCAUAGUCAUUAACAUCAAACUGCUAGAUGAUAUGCUUGUAAAUAAAUAGAAACUUAUUCCUUUUGAAAAUUAAAGAAACUUGUAAUUUUUAAUGUCUGUUUUAGUCCUUUAACCAAGAAAUGAGGUGCUUCAUAAUCAGUUCAUCAAUUCAGCAAUGCCAAUGCGGACGGAUGAUAUCUCCAUAUUUAGCACAAAUAGCAUUGAGAAGGAUGAGCUCACAGAAGGAGGCUGACGAAGAUUCUUGCGGCUUUUUACCGCAAAAAUCUGGCUACGCGACAGCCGCCGUUCAUGUUGCUCAAGAACCAGAGAAGCAGGGGGGUGCAGUGGUACCACCAAUUACAAUGUCAAGCACAUUUAAGUUUAAAUCACUCACUGAACCCUUGAACAAUUUUAUAUAUGGGAGAUUAGGGAAUCCUAUGAGGGAUACGUUGGAACAAUGCCUAGCAUCGUUAGAGGGUGGAAAAGUCGGUUUUGCUUUCGCUUCUGGUAUGGGAGCUAUUUCAGCCACUGCGUUAUUGCUAAAUAAAGGCGACCACCUUAUUUCAAAUGAAGAUGUCUACGGUGGAACAUACACUUUAUUCAGUGAAUUCAUACCAAGAUUGGGAGUUGAAGUGACAUUUAUAGACAUGAUGGACCCCAAUAACUUAGAAAAAGCAAUAAAAAAGAAUACGAAGAUGGUCUAUUUUGAAACUCCGACUAACCCUUCUAUAAAAGUUAUUGACAUUGAAGUAACAGUGAAACAGGUGAAAAAACAUGGCAAUAUUAUGGUUGUUGUUGAUAACACAUUCCUUGGAUCAUAUUUACAACGACCACUGGAUUUCGGUGCCGAUAUUGUAUUAUACUCUCUGACGAAAUUCAUGAAUGGCAACAGCGAUGUCAUAUUGGGCGGAGCAAUAGUCAACGACGCUGGUAUAGCUGAAAGGCUAAGGUUUAUACAAAGAAUCGUGGGAAUAAUUCCUUCACCUUUUGAUUGCUACUUGGUCAACAGAAGCUUGAAAACAUUAGCAAUUCGUAUGGAACGCCAUAAAGUUACAUCGUUAGCAAUAGCAAAAUGGUUGUAUUUCCAUCCACAAAUUCGAGAUGUCAUGCAUCCAGGUCUUGAAACUCACAUGCAGCAACAUAUCGCAAAAAAGCAGUCAACCGGACACUCCGGAGUAUUCAGUUUCGCCCAUUUUGGUAACUUGAAGAAUUCUGAAAAACUGUGUGCUGCAUUAAAAGUGUUCACUCUCGCUGUGAGUUUAGGGGGCCAUGAAAGUUUAAUUGAAAUACCAAGCCAAAUGACUCAUAAACUUGUACCAGAAGAUGUGAAAAAGCGUCUUGGCAUCACAGACAACGUGAUAAGGGUUUCAGUUGGAUUAGAAGAUUACAAAGACCUAAUAGAAGAUUUAGAACAGGCAUUACUCGUCGCAUUUUGUGAAAAAUAGUUCUCUUGAUUUGUAUACAUAUUAUUGUAGAUUUUUACAUUAUUAUUGUACUUUUGCCUUAUAUUAUACAAA